UGUGUACGGUCCUUUCGUCGCUCCCCGUUCUCACGUGGCUCGGACGUGUUUUCAGUGGGUCAUGCGCUCGUGCUGAUCAACCUGUUUGGUGUUUGUCUGUGUUAUUAUUAUUUUUUUUAAGUGUCUUCUGUUUCUGUUACUGGAGGCGUUCUACAGGAGAUGCUGCUGACGUCCUGCCUGAGAAUUUAACAAAUCGAAAAAGAAAGAAAGAAAGGAAGAAAAAAAAGAAAACUAUAUAAUAAUCAUAAAAGGCAGAAGAAGACGCUCACUUUCAACGAAGGGACACGGUGGAGCGACGAUGCUCUCCGGGCUGCUGCUCCACAUCACCACCUUCCUCACGUCCCUGGGCCUGGGAGACUGGGUGGGUGGCGGAGCAGGAGCCCAGGUGGCGCGCGGGCGGUCGCUGCCCUCGAGCCCCGAUGCCCAGGUGGUCGUCCUGUCCAAUGAGAUCGACUCGUGGAUGGCGCUGCCGGAGCAGUCCUUGGGCAACAUGCCGUAUCACCUCCAUCAGGUCCUGAACGCCCUCAACGGAUCCGACACCGUGGGAGGCAGCGGCGGCGGCGGCGGCGGAGGCGGAGGCAGCGACACCGACAGGAUCUUCCGGGGCUCCGACACCUACUGCGGGUCCUGCCGGGUGCUGUCCAAGAUGGUGAUCGGCUACUCGCGCCUCGGAGGCCCCAUCGACAUCAUGGCCAAUUUCCUGGUCAAGAUCUGCUACAUCGUGGGCUACCAGUCGAUCGCCGUGUGUAGGGGACUCAUCAACCAGGAUAAGGACCGUCUCGAGUGGAUCCUGCAGAACACCAACGCGGACGCCGACGAAGUGUGCUCCCUCGUCCUCGGCAGUCAGGGGUGCGGCGUCUUCAGGAGGACCGCUUGGAGCAUCACCUUGCCGCCGCCCGAGUACCCUUUGCAACAUCAGCAACAUCAUCAUCAUCCACAACAACAAGGAAGGGAGGACCACAGCCGGAGUUUGGACUCUGCUCCGCCUCAGAUCCAGAGUGUAAACAACGCACGGGCACAACCGCCACCCCACCACCAACCACAAAAACAACAACCACCACCACAAAUACAACAACAACAACAACAACAGCAGCAACAGCAAGUCCCCGUCACCGCCUCUUCCUCUACAUCCUCCUCCUCCUCCUCCUCGUCCUCCUCCUCGUCCCCGUCUUCCGUCCCGGCCGCCGAAAGGGUUAUCAGCAACGGCAAGAAAGUGCUGAAGGUGUUGCACUUGACGGAUCCUCACUACGACCCCUCCUACCGCGUCGGGGCCAACGCCGUGUGCGAGGCGCCGCUCUGCUGCAACCCGGAUAGCGGAACCCCGAAGCGGCCCAGCGACGGGGCGGGGAAGUGGGGCGACUACAGGAACUGCGACUCGCCCAAGUGGCUCCUCCAACACAUGCUCCAUCACAUCGUCUCUACGCACCCGGACGUCGACUACGUGCUGUGCACCGGGGACUUGGUGCCGCAUCACAUCUGGAAGAUUUCGCCGCGAGAGAACAUCGCCAUUAUGAGGGAGAUGACGGACCUCCUGCUCGAGUAUUUCCCCAACUUGCCCAUCUACGGCGCCAUCGGGAACCACGAGAGCUUCCCUCGGGAUAGCUUCCCCCCUCCGGAGUCGCCCGAGGUGUGGUCGAGAUUCGGCGUCCAGUGGCUGUACGACGCGGUGGCCGACCAGUGGAGCCGCCUCAUGGGGUCCCAGGUCCCGCCCACCGCUCGCUUCGCCGGCUAUUACUCCGUCCUGGCGCGUCCGGGGCUCAGGAUCAUCUCGAUUAACACGAAUUAUUGCUACAGGCUGAAUUGGUGGUUGCUGUACAAGUCCGUCGACCCUGGCUUGGUGCUCCGUUGGCUGGUGAGUGAGCUGCAGCAAGCCGAGGCGAGAGGCGAAGUGGUGCACAUUAUCGGCCACAUCCCGCCCUUCUACGCGGAUUGCUUCGCUCAGUGGGCGCACCAGUUCUCCAGGAUCGUGUCCAGGUACGCCCACAUCAUCCGCGGGCAGUUCUACGGGCACUCCCACCAGGACGAGUUCCGCGUGCACUACGACGUCAACGCCCCCAAUAAGCCCAUCGGCGUGCAGUAUGUGUCCCCCAACAACGGGCCCUUCCACGACCUCAACCCCUCCUAUAGGGUUUUCUACAUCGACGGCGACCAUCCGGAGACCACGAGGAAUGUACUGGACUACGAGACCUGGGUGAUGAACCUAACCCACGCCAACAAGUACGACGCCCCUCACUGGUACCAGCUGUACAGCGCCCGCCGCGAUCUCCAGCUGCCGUCGCUCGACCCCCGGCACUGGGAUCAGCUGGUUCAGCGCAUGGCUCGGGACCCUCAGCUGUUCGCGCGGUAUCACAGGUUCCAAGUCCAGGACAGCGACAGCGCGUUAUCCCGAGGCUGCGACGCGGAAUGUCGGCGGAACACCCUCUGCGCCAUCGUCGAAGGAGACAAGUUCAUGCCGCGCAAAUGUCGCCCGCAUGAUUGAUCCCACCGACAUGUGUCACCUCGACAUAUAUAUUCUUUUGUUGCUAUUUUUAUCUACUGAUGUUGUAGAGUAUCUGUUUUCUUUUUUUACUUUAUAUAAUAAAUGCACAAAGUUUCCAUUCAUUCAGCCCUUGAAACACGUGUGUUUUGAGCAGCUCGACGUAAGCCUGUUUACAAGACUCGAGCUCAGGACCGAUAUAAACGAAUGGUCUCAGAUUCCAAAUGCAUUCUCAGUCAGCCUCAUCAUCCUACGUAGUAAAGGCUCAUUCUUCCGUCAGAAUGUAAGUCUUUUGCUCGUUCGAAUGUAGAAGAAACAGGCUCUGUAUUAUGUUAAAAGGCUGAUGGCGGGAAAUGUAUGUGUUUGGUCCCCGUCUGUUGUUAAUUCUCGGAAACGGUCUCUUAGGCUAGUUCACGAGGAUCCGACAUUUUUGUCCGUUUGCUUUGCCAGUAGACCCUGUUUCCCCGCUUGUUUUUUGUGUCAAUAGAUAGACGUUGUUAUCCAGUGAGACACGACGAAGGCUUCUGUGCCAGAUCUGUAUAAAGUGAAUUUAUUUGACUCGGAUAUUUAACCAUAGUCGACUAUUUCAACUUUUCCUUCCUGUUCGUGGGAAGCAUCAUGAUCAGCAUCAUUUUAAUGUGCAGACACACUUUUUUUUAUUUAACAGACUGUGUUUCUGCAGUUCUCUGUUUCGAUAUUUAUAUCAUCCCCUACUUUUAUCCAUGUGAAUGUUACAUGUUCAUUUAUAUACCUAUUCCCAGGUGAUAGAUACUAAGCCAUUGCUGUGUAAGCAAAACCGAAAACGAAAAUUGUGAUUGUACAUCAUACAUUUAACUAUGCAACAGUAUAUGAUUCCUGCACAAGCGCGUUGCUGCGCAGGGGAUUGUGCAGCAGUUGACUGCGAUGAGGCAGCUGUGCUAGCAUUUAUUAGUACAGUAGUAGUGAUACAUGUACUGAUGUGUGGUUGUACAUUGUCACUAACACUAGCACAGUCAGUGCUGUAUCACUGGCUGUUGCGCAACGUAAGGCUUCCCUUAAAGUAAGAAAUAACGUUAACAGUACAAGUUCCUGUGGCAAAUAAACAGUAUUAUCAAACUUAUGUAGGUUAAUGACAGUGAUAGAGAAAUUUAUCUUAAGUUGAAUGAAUUACAUCUAUUAUGACGUAGUGUUUUAUAAGACCUCUUAAUUGUAUUGGUCACUGAAUAAAGACCGGUGUGAUUGAUUAUGCAAGAGAGAGAAAAAGAAAAUAAUUGAGCAAUCACUGAUCAGGUUGUAACACUCCCAGUGACUGAUGUUACGUAAAGGACCUCAGACAUGUUAUGCGCAUGAAUCAUUUCUUUUGUGUAUUUCGUAGUAUUAAACACAAAAUCCUGUCCAGGACUUUUGUGAAAUCUUGGAGGUUUGAGAGGCCAGAGUAUGUUAAAUGGGGGAUGAAGGCCUCUGCUGAAGGAAGGCUUUCAUUCGUGUUGCUAAAUAACCAGACAAACCUUCGCAAGUAUAUAUGUUUCGCGUGUGUUUCUGUGUGUGCAAUGCAUUUUUUUUUCUUCUGCCAUAUUACACCCAUGUUUCGUAGCGUAGAUGUAUAGGGUAGGUGUUGUU